AAUGACCUGUGUAAGACUGCCCAUUAGGAAUAAUUAGCACAACUCUGUAUCAUUACCGACCAAAUCCCCUGUCCGUACAGGUACAGCCGCGGCUUUAUUGUAUACGGAGUGUGUGUAGGCUGCUAUGAAUGGGAGCAGAGCUUUGCACUUAGCCGCUUGGCUGCUGUUCUGUGUCUUCUGCUCUGCAGCUGUAGCCAAAAAGGAAUCAUGUGAGACGUGCAGGCAGCUGGUGGACAGGUUCCACAAGGGAUUAGAGGAUACAAGGAAAAAAAAUUUUGGAGGUGGAAACACAGCUUGGGAGGAAAAAACAUUAUCUAAAUAUGAAUCUAGCGAAAUACGCCUUGUAGAAAUUAUUGAAAAUCUCUGUGACAGCACUGACUUCGAAUGUAACCACAUGGUUGAAGAGCAUGAAGAACAAAUUGAAAAAUGGUGGUUUAAGAUGAAAAAGAAAUAUCCAGAUUUACUAAAAUGGUUUUGCAUUGAAACUAUCAAGGUUUGCUGCCCACCUGGCACUUAUGGACCAGACUGUUUAGCUUGUUUGGGUGGUUCAGAACGGCCGUGUCAUAACAAUGGUUUUUGUACUGGUGAUGGCACAAGAAUUGGAGAUGGAUCAUGUCAAUGUAAAGCUGAAUACACAGGACAAUUUUGCCUAGAAUGUGCAGAUGGAUACUACAGUUCUGAAAGAAAUGACACACAUUCAACAUGCACUGCUUGCAACCAAGCAUGUCAAACUUGUAAUGGCCCAUCUAAUGAAGACUGCAAGGAAUGUAAAAAUGGAUGGUUAAAAGAUGGAGGAAAAUGUGUAGACCUAAAUGAAUGUGCCUCAGAAGAGUCCCCAUGCAAGGAUAACCAAUAUUGUUUAAACACAGAAGGCUCCUUUUUGUGUAAAGGAUGUGAUAAAAGCUGCAUUAGCUGUUCUGGGGAAGGUCCUGAAAACUGUAAGGACUGCGCUACUGGCUAUGUUUUGCUAGAUGGAAUAUGCAUAGAUGUUGAUGAAUGUGAUGCCUCAGAAAACAUUUGUGUGCGAGAAAAUGAAACCUGCUUGAACACUGCAGGCAGCUACAAGUGCAUAUGCUCAGAAGGCUUUGAAGACAAAGAUGGAAACUGUGUGAAAGUUAUGGAAACAGAAGGUGAAAUGGGGACAUCAGAAAGCGACAUUAAUAUUUUAGAGACUGCACAUGAGGACCUCUGAUAUUCACCAAAGACAUUACAUUCAAUAUUUUAAGUUAUUUCAAUCUAAACUACACUCUACAAAGAAGGUAUAUAUAUGUUUGUUAAAGAAGUAACAACUGAGAUUGGAUGUGCCCUAAAAAAGCUGCAUAUGUUUCUUAAUACAACAACGCAAGAGUCAACCUAUAUUUUCAUACAAUACUUUGUAAUAAACUUGUUUCAUUCUGUGACCAUGUAUUGCCUGGUUCUACCUACUAUAAACAUACAUGUCUGGGAAACACUAGGAACAGAUAUUGCUGAAACUUUUUUAUUCUUUAAUUAUUUGAUUGUUCGCUCUAAAUACUGUUUCUUUAAUGCCACCACUUUUUUCUUUUUUUUUUCCUUAUUUUAGACAGCAGAACUGAUAUUAUCUCAUGGAUGGGCAACAACUGGUAGUCAAAUUUACCAAUGAAGCCCCACUUUGAUGAACUGGGGGUGAUUGGUUUUUGUAUUAAUGCCAUAGAAGAAUAAUGACAAUCUCUCCUUGAACCAACAGGGAAAGUCUACCUACUGUUUUCAUAACUGAAAAAACAAGUAUUUCUUGCAAGAUUAAAAUUCUAUUAAUUUCAGCAAAAUUCUUCACUAGUUACAAUCUGUUAAGAUGUGGCAGUGAUUGGAUUUUAACAGCUGUUGCCCAAAGGGUGAGACCCAUUUUAACCAGUAUCUUUUUUUUUCCCCAUUCAUCUUGUGGUUUAAUGGGCAAUGAAAUAACUAGUCCUUUCCACCUUGACCAAAGGAAUUGUUCAUUUAGGCAAUUUCUCUUCUCCCUAGAAUAUAAAACUAGAAAUGACUGCAGAAUAAAUUUGCACUGCAGUGUAUAUAAAACUAUUGUUUUGGUUUGACUGAACCAUGCUCUGUCAAAAAUGAUCCUGACAUUAAGUGUUACCCAGAGCACCCCUUGGCUGACAGUUAUACCCUGGUGACUUUUUCAGAAAUAUAUCUUGACAGUGUUUAGGGAACUGAAGUAUAUACAGGGGAGCACCCCCACCCUGAACUCCUGCAAGUUACCUCUCCUGUGCUCAGGCCAGGUGAAAGGGAGCCAUUGUUAGUGUAGGUCUAAAUGUGAUGCACAAUACAGUGCAUGUUCAGGAAGCUGUGAAUUAAUGGGACUUUUGCUAAUGAUGGAUAACUGGGUUAUAUAACACCACAAAUGUAAAUUCUAGAUUAAAUUGUGUAUUUAUAUCAUAACUGUUGAAAGGGUAAGAGCAGUUUUAUUUUAUGUUCUAAUGUUCAUAUGUUCUAAUUUAACUGGAUUAAACUUUUAUCAAGAGCAGAAUAGGGGCUAUAGAUAAAAAAUGCAACUGAAAUCGGCAAAAGGCAAUACCAUGAAUAAACACUUGAUGGCACCAAAACAUAAUCUGAAGGUGUAGUGAUUCAGUAAAAAAGUACAAAUCCGGUCUGACAUUUCAUUUGCUGUUACAGCCAUGAUUCAGCCUGCUGAAGCACAAGGUGGAUAUCAAUGGAUAGUAAAAAGAAUCCCCCGAUAUGACUAUAACGUGCAAUAUUUCUAUUAAGAUCUGUUCGGUUGUGCCAUAUCUGCCAUUUAAAGGUAGAUCAAAAAGCUAGAGAAUUUAAGAGAUCAAUAAAAAGUAACCUCUC